AUGGCCUCCUUAUUGAAGAAGCCGUUGAAGCUCGCCUUGGUGCAGCUUGCCUCCGGUGCCGACAAGGCCGUCAAUCUCGCUCAUGCGCGCAGAAAGGUGCUUGAGGCGGCGCAGGCGGGAGCCAAACUCAUCGUUCUCCCCGAGUGUUUCAACUCGCCCUACGGAACCCAGUACUUCCCCAAGUACGCGGAGACCCUUAUCCCCUCGCCGCCUUCGAAGGAGCAGUCCCCCUCGUACCAUGCGCUCUCGUCUAUCGCCGCCGAGGCCAAGGCCUACCUCGUGGGCGGAAGUAUUCCCGAGUUGGAGCCGACGACCAACAAAUUCUACAACACCGCCUUGGUAUUCUCGCCCACCGGAGCUCUGAUCGGAACCCACCGCAAGACCCAUCUCUUCGACAUCGACAUCCCCGGCAAGAUCACAUUCAAGGAGAGCGAGGUGCUGUCUCCCGGUAGCCAGCUGACUAUGGUCGACCUCCCGGAGUAUGGAAAGAUUGGCCUGGCCAUCUGCUACGAUAUUCGCUUUCCCGAGUCGGCCAUGAUUGCGGCGCGCAAGGACGCUUUCAUGCUCGUCUACCCGGGUGCCUUCAACCUGACCACCGGACCCAUGCACUGGUCGCUGCUGGCGCGUGCCCGUGCCGUGGACAACCAGCUGUAUGUGGCCCUGUGCAGCCCGGCGCGGGACAUGAGUGCCACGUACCACGCGUACGGUCACAGUCUGGUCGCGAACCCCAGCGCAGAGCUUCUGGUGGAGGCGGAGGACAAGGAGGAUAUCAUCUAUGCCGACCUGGACAACGAGACGAUCCAGAACACAAGAAAGGGCAUUCCGGUCUACACUCAGCGACGAUUUGACUUGUACCCGGACGUGAGUGUGUCUGGCGCUCCCAGCUUGCGGCGACGACAGACAUGA